AUGGGUUUCUUUAAAGAAUCUUAUGAAGACGGUUAUCAGUUUAACAAGUCAAAUUUUAAUACAUCAACUGUGGCAGUUUUAGUUAUUGCUUGUAAUCGACCAUCCAUAUCAAGAUGCUUAAACAAGCUACUGAAAUAUCGCAAGUCGAAAGAACAGUUUCCUAUAAUUGUUUCUCAAGACUGUAUCCAUGAACGUACAUCACAAGUGAUUAAAAGUUUUGGCAGUGAAAUAACACACAUACAUCAGCCUGAUCAGAAAGAAAUAAAGGUGCCUUCCAAAGAGAAAAAGUUUAAUGGCUAUUUCAAAAUUGCGAGGCACUAUAAAUGGGCUCUGAAUCAAGUUUUUAACACGUAUAAUUAUGGGACUGCCGUAAUAGUAGAAGAUGACUUGGAUGUAGCGCCCGAUUUUUUUGAAUAUUUUAAAGCUACCUUGCCAAUUCUGCAAAAAGAUAGAACUUUAUGGUGUGUGUCAGCUUGGAAUGAUAAUGGUAAAUUUGCGUUAAUAGAUAGAAAUGACCCAAAGUUGUUGUAUCGUACUGAUUUUUUCCCUGGAUUGGGUUGGAUGCUAACCCGCGAAUUAUGGAUAGAAUUACAUAAAAAAUGGCCGAACAGCUAUUGGGAUGAUUGGAUGAGACAUCCAGACCAAAGGAAAGGUAGAUCAUGUAUAAGGCCCGAACUUUCUAGAAGUAAAACAUUUGGGAAAAUCGGUGUUAGCAAUGGCCUUUUUUAUGACAAACAUCUCAAGUUUAUUUACUUGAACGAAGUACCAGUUGAUUUUACCAAAUUUAAUUUAACUUAUUUAUUAAAAAAUGAGUAUGACAACAAUUUUGUUGGGCAUGUUUACAAAGCACCACAGGUUAACUAUAAUGAACUUAAGACUAAAGCAAUUAAACACAAUGAUCCAGUCAGAAUCACUUAUUACACCAAAAAUAACUUGAAGUCGUUAACCAAGUUAUUCGGCCUGAUGGACGAUUUCAAAAGUGGUGUUCCUAGAACGGCGUACAAGGGCAUAAUUAGUUUUACGUAUGAAAACAGAAGGGUGUAUUUAGCGCCUAGUAACGAUUGGAAAGGAUAUGAUCCUACUUGGCAAUAG